AUGAAAAAGAGUGAAAUAAUACGUUUAAUUGAGGAGAGUGAUGUGUACAAAAAUGACAACGAAGUUGUUAAAGAUGCUGUAGAUCAAAUAAUAGGGAAUAAAAACCAAAAAUCCGAUCAGGAUAGUGAAAUAGAACUAGAGCGUCUUAGAUUAGAGAGAGCUAAAAUAGAAUUACAAUUAGCGCAAUUAAGGGCUACUGAAAAUAGUACUCAGACUUCCGUUAAUGUAGAGAGUAAAACCGAACCAGAAGAGUCUCUGGAUAGCUUAUUAAAGUCUGACUCUGUAUUUGGGUAUAUUGUAGGAGGUAGCGUUUCGAGUUCAGUUAAAUUAAAUUCUAACUAUUGCGGUUUAAUAUGUGGAGCAGAAGAAUUAAAUUCAAACUUGAGAAAAUUUUGGGAGAUUGAGGAAAUGGGUAAUGAAUUACCUAAAAGUAAAGAGAAUGCUAUUUGUGAGGAGCAUUAUGCGCGAACACAUAGAAGAGAUGAGACAGGAAAAUAUACUGUGCCGAUGCCAUUUAAAGAGCAUUGGUCAUGUCUAGGGAAUUCAAAAGAUAUUGCUCUAAAACGACUCGAAUCGCUGUGGACUCGCCUGUCUAGAGACCAAAAAUAUCUGAAACUGUAUUCUGAUUUUCUAAAGGAGUAUGAGGAGUUAGGCCACAUGAGCGAGAUACAAGAUGAAAGUGUUGAACCUGAAGUGACAUAUUAUAUGCCUCAAAAAACGACGACUAAAGUACGUACUGUGUUUAAUGCGUCCACCUUGACUAGUAUUGGAAAAUCGCUCAACUCAAUUCAGUAUAACGGCGGAGUGAUUCAAGACGAUCUAUUUACAUUGCUAAUUAGAUUCAGAAAACAUAUAUUUGCAUUUACUGCAGAUAUUCGUCAGAUGUAUCGUAUGAUCAAUAUAGAUGAGAGUCAAAGAAAUCUACAAAGAAUUUUAUGGAAAGAGGGAGCUAAUGAGCCCGUUAAAACGUAUCAGCUAAAUACGGUUACCUACGGAACGGUUAGUGCUCCAUAUCUAGCCAUGAGAACACUUAAGCAAAUUUCCAUUGACGAGGGAAAAAACUUUCCAAGUGCUGCAUCAGUCUUGUGCCAUGAUUUUUAUAUGGACGAUGUUUUAAGUGGAGCGAGUACAUUGGAAGAGACAAAAACUUUGCAACAUGAACUUGUUGGCAUUCUAAAAACUACCCAGAUGUCAUUACACAAGUGGUGUGGAAAUACGUCCGAGCUUAUUCCUGCUACUGAGAAAGAGUAUGAGCUCUCAUCUACAGAUGAAAUUAAGACUUUAGGGAUUGCCUGGAAGGCUAAAACUGACUGCUUUACCUUUAAAGUAGAUUUACAGCAUAAUGCCCAUCCUACCAAAAGGUCGGUCUUAUCCAUUAUCGCCCGACUCUUUGAUCCACUUGGGUUACUUGGGCCAGUGAUCACGAAGGCAAAAAUAUUCAUGCAACAAUUGUGGUUGCUCAAGAUCGAUUGGGGUGAAAUGCUUCCCGAGAAAGAAGCUAGUGAAUGGCAAGAGUUUGUAACAUCUUUAAGAAACUUAAAUGACAUUAACAUAGAAAGAUGUAUUGUCAUUCCAAACGCGGAAGUGAAUGAGCUUCAUGGAUUCUGUGACGCGUCUGAAAAGGCAUAUGGCGCUGCAAUCUACGCCAGAACAGUCGAUUCAGCGGGUGAGGUGAAAGUGAAGCUAAUCGCGAGUAAAUCUCGUGUGUCACCAAUCAAGCAGGUAACUAUACCUCGUUUAGAAUUAUGCAGUGCCGUUCUGCUCACCAAAUUGAUGCAGAAGGUAAAAAAUGCCUUAAAAAUGGAUAUUACGUCAGUAUCGUAUUAUUCGCACUCUACAAUCGUGCUUUCGUGGGUGAGAAAAGAGUCACGAGACUUAAAAACAUUUGUUGCGAACAGAGUGGCUACUAUUCAAGAAUCCACAGAAAUGAAUCAGUGGCAUCACGUUCCUUCCGAACAAAAUCCCGCCGACGUCAUUUCAAGAGGACUUGAUCCAACGAGAAUGCAACAAAGUGACUUAUGGUGGUUUGGUCCAACCUUUCUCCAAGAACUGAUUGUGAACUUUCCUGGUGAUUGCGACGACAUCCACGAUUCAUUGGACAGUUCUGUGCAGAACAGGGACGUUUCUUCUGAGAAACUUUAUUUAGCAAAACUCAAAAAUCCAUUUAUUAAUAAUUUGAGAAACUCGAGCAAAAUGUCAGGUCCUUUAACCACCAAGGAACUGCAGUUGGCCAAGUUAACUUUAGUCAAACUUGUUCAGGUAGCUGCCUUUAAUUGUGAAAUAAAAGCCCUCGAAAAAGGUGAAAAUGUUAAUAAGAGUGAGGCAAUCCACUUGGAAAUAGUCACUGACUUAACUGCAGAGGCAAUGAUUGCCACUUUAAAGCGCUUUUUUAGCAGAAGAGGUGUUAGUUCCUCUAUCUGUUCUGAUAACUAA